CCUCCUAUAUAAACCGACACGAUCUCCUCCUCUCGCCCUCGAAAUCCGCUUCGACGCGUCCACCACUUGCGCCCGCGAUCACGUCGCGCUUCCACCGGCUCCGAUCUCCAUCCCUUUCUGUGUGAGGUCGGUCAUCAUGUUUGGGGGUGCGCCGGGGAGUGACCGUCCCGAUUACUAUGAGAUUCUUGGUGUUGCAAAGAGUGCAAACCAGGAUGAGCUGAAGCAGGCCUAUAAGAAGGCAGCCAUGAAGAAUCAUCCUGAUAAAGUUGGUGACGCUGAGAAAUACGAGGAGUUGUCUCAAGCAUAUGGAGUUCUCAGUGACCCUAAAAAGAGGGAAAUUGAUGAUAAAUACAGGAAAGAUGCCCUCAUGGGAGGUGGAGACACAUCUCAUAAUCCUUUUGAAAUAUGUGAACAUUUUUUUUGGAGGUGGCAACUCUAGACAUCACAUAUACCUAGAGAAGUGGUGAAGAUGUAGUUCAUAGCUAACGGUUUCUUUAGAAGACUUGUACAACGGUGCAUGCAAAAGGAUUUCCCGGUCGAGAAAUGUGCUAUGUCCAAAAUGCAUAGGGUUAUAGAUAAGUGGAAACUUGUAGCAAAACUACUAGUCCUUUGAUUGAUUCUACUUGUCCACGAAAGGCUCCAAGAGUGGGAAAUCAGAGACAUGCCAUUCGUGUCAAGGUAGAGGCUUGAAGAUUGUAACAAGAAUGCUUGGAUUAGGCAUGAUCCAACAAAUGCAACAUACGUACGAGCAAUACAGCAGCUCAGGUGAGAUCAUCGGCAGAAAGGAUAAGUGCCCUCGGUGCAAAGGAAAAAAGGUUAUCCAGGAGAAGAAGUUACUGGAGGUGCAAAGGAAUGCAACAUAGAAGAUUGUAAUCCGAGGAGGAGCUGAUGAAGCUCCUGACACAGUGACGGGACACAUUAUCGUCAUCGUACAACUCCAGGAGCAUCCGCAGUUCAAGAGAGCAUUUGGUGAUCUCUAUGUGGAACAUUGGCUCAGUCUGGCACAGGCAUUUUGUGCCUUCCACAAUUUGCUCUGACUCAUCUCGAUGGUAGACGGUUGCUCAUCCAGUUAAAUCCAGGGGAAGUCGUGAAACCUGGCAAAUCUUAUAAUUGCUUCACCUUCUCUAAUUAGUUUCCAGCUUCCAUGUAACAACAUUAAUCUGGCAUGUUUCUUCUGUAAGUAAUCAACUGUGAAGGGAUGCCUUUACAUCAAGUUCCGGUGCCUUCUCACCUGAACAGUGCCGUUCUCUGCAUAAAAUUCUGCCUGCAAGCUUUAGCAGCCUAUCAGUUGUCUGACAUGAAGCUGAUAAACGUGAAGAAACCACUCCAUAUGAUGUUAGCAUCGGAGAGCAAACGAGGAUAAGACAGCAGCAGCGGCUAGAGGAGGAAGUUUCGGAUGAAGACAAGGAUAGAGCUGCACGCGUGCACUGUGCCCAGAGGUAAUUUUCAUACACCCAUCAGUACUUUUUAUCUAUUUGUUCACAUCUGCCCAUACGAUAGUUUGAUCAUUAACCAUCAGAUGCUUAGUUUUUCUCA